ACAUUGAUGAGUGCAGUUUGCAGACACACACCUGCUGGAAUGACAGCGUGUGCGUGAACCUGCCCGGAGGCUACGACUGCGUCUGCGUUUCUGGUCCGGGCUGCAGUGGCGACUGUCCACAAGAAGAAGGAAUCAGACGCAACGGAGAAGACUGGAAGCCAAAUUUUGACCACUGUGCCAUUUGUUCCUGCAAGGACGGACAGACAUACUGCAGAAGGAGACCUUGUGACUGCGAAGACCCAGAGGAGGAUCUGUUAUGUUGUCCGGGCUGUGACAACAAGCCCGCCAGUCAGUGUUUGGACCAGAGCGGGCGAACGCUCUACCGCAGCGGAGCGUCUUGGAUGUAUGGUUGCCAGCAGUGUCGCUGCAUGGUGGGGGAGGUGGAAUGCUGGCCUUUGGUUUGUCCCGUGUUGAUGUGCGAGCACACAGCGGUGGCGGAGGGCGAGUGUUGCCCUCGCUGCAUCACAGACCCCUGCCUGGCUGAAAACCUGUCCUAUGAUAUCCGGCAGACGUGCAAGGAUCCCACAGGUGUCACCCGCCUCAGCGGGGACACAUGGCACAUGCCCCAGUCACCCUGCACCACCUGCAAGUGUAAGAAUGGGAACGUUUGCUGCUCUGUGGAUCUGGACUGCCUUCAGAACAACUAACGCUCUCCUCCCUCCUUCCACUGCUGGGCUGCCACACGGCCUCCACCAUCUCACGACUCUCCCUGUGGAUUCACAACACGGACUUGCGUGUGUAUGUCAGCGUUUGCACAGAAAACACACACAGGACGGACUUGGCGCAGAGGCUGUGCUUUAAUGCCGUAACUGUGACGGCGAAGUGCGAGUGAGUGUGGGUGUGUGAGACUCAGGAGGAAACUGAGGCCAUUAUCACUCCCACCACAGUCACUGUGUUACAUCUUGAGUUUGAUCCCCAUUUCGUGUCAUGUCGUCAGAACGCUUGGUCAGUGUGAAGACAAACAGCUGGUCAGAUGUGGAGGUUUUUGAAGCAAUAGUGAGGCCUAUGAUUUGCAAAAACAUUUUUACUGGUUUUGUUUGUGGCAGUGAAAAAAUUAAAAAAAGGUAUUUAUUGAUUUCAAAUGGGUUGUGUUACUACGUCAGGGAGUUUUUCAAGUUCAAACAGAAGAUUGAAAUGUAAGACAUUUUUAUUGUCAUCACCCAUAUCAUCAACAUCUGUAAAUCAGCUGUCAGUGAUGCUCAUGCAGAUGUCCUUUUCUCCUACUGAAGCAAAGAAAAGGACCAACAAGAACAGAAACAAAGGUGGUUUAAGCAGAUCUAUCAUCAUUUACUAGGUGCUGUCAAAAGAUGUCAGGAAUCUCUAAAAAAGUUUCUUCUUGGGUUAAAGUUGUUAGGAAAACGCACUGAUGAAUAUUAGAUGAGUUUCAGAGUGACUAAGCAUAGUUUAAUGGCAUUAUCUAUGGUCAUCUGUUUUUAAUGUGAACAAAUUUAAUUUGACUUAGGUUUUAUCCUGACUCCUAGUAGAUCUAUGUUCUCAACUGAUGAUAGCGGAGGGCCAAAUUAGAAACCCAACAUUGGACUGGAGGCCAAUGUUUGUUUUUUUUGCUUUUUCUCUUACAAAUUCUGUCUCUGAACAUCUUGCUCCAUAUGGCUAUUUCUCAAGCUACCAGGAAGCUAGCUUCUGUCACAGCUUCACCGGAUUCAGACAUUGUCUGCAGUACAACAUAACCUUUUUUUAGGUGUUUAAGUUCACCGGUGUGCCCCUCACCAGUAAACUUACUGUAGACAAAGUAUGUCUUUGUUUUUUUGUCAAAUGAACCAGCUCCAAGUCUCACUCUGACUCCAUUUUCAGUUCUGUGGUCACAUGGUCCCUUCUUCUCUUCCACUGUCUGUAAAAGAGAACUGGACUGAACAACCCCUCCCCCCCUCACGUUCCAAACAGGAAGUACCUGCUGCUGGCUCCGGGAAGCCAAAAUCCCACAGGGAAAUGAACAGCUAAUACUCAGUUAUUCUAUUUGUCAGAAUAACCAUUCUUGCUCAGCUACCUUUUUUAACACGUUCUUGAUGAAUCCAAAUGUUUUACAUUUUAUUUUUACUUUAUCGCAAGUUAUUCAUGUUAUAAAUUGACCAAUCAAACCACCUCGAUUCACAGAUUCUUUCGAGCCACUUUUAGAGGAAAGGGUGUGGACUUCGAACAAGUUAUCUCCUGAUUGGCAGCAGUGGUUGCCAUAGAAACAAUGACUCAGACCAUCUCGGACCAAUCACUGUCGCCUGACUCCAACAUGGCGACAUCCGGAAUAUGAAAAAAACGGUCACUGAAGUGGCUUCAAUAUGCUGGACCGGGGAGUAAGGCAUUUUCUAAGGGUGAUGUCACAUUCACUCGGUCCAGUUCUACAUACAGUUCAUGUUCUUUUCCCAGGAACAGUGACAUGGUCUACCCCCCAGUGGUGACAUAAGAACACUACGCUGUAGACCUCUGGGAAUAAUUACUGCCAGAAAACCGGAGAUUCAUUCUUUCCAAGCACUGUACAGUCGAAUUAAUAAAACCGUCAAUUAUAAUUUAUUGUGGACCACCAAAAAACAUUCCUGCUAGUCGCCUUUGGUUCGUGGGUGGGCCGCUCUUUGAGAACUUAAACAUUAGAUUAACAGAGCUGAUGUAAAGCGCUCUUGUUCUCAAGUUUAGCAGGUUUUUAAACAAAUUUAGACUAUGAUCUGGUUGUAUCCCAAUUCCUUUCAAUGGGGCCAUUUGUUUCCUUCAUCUUUGUGUCAUCACAGUUGGCAAAGUUUAAGACAACACAGAGUAAGAAAUAGAAAAAAACUCAACAUUUUAAUCAUUUCUGUUUAUAAGGACACAUUACGGUUUAAUGUUUUAAGCUGAAAAGAUUUUUCUCAAUCAGCUAUUAAAAAGCAAAAUUUCUGAAGCUCAUUUUGCUUUUAUUUAUGACUUUUGAAAUAUCUGUGUGUCUUCACUCAGCAAUCUCACCUGAACAUAAACGGUUUUAAUAAUUAGGAUGUAAUUUUUUUAAGUAAAUGUCUACAUUAAUGUUUAGGAAGGAAUUAAUAAUUGUUAGGACUGCAGAUAAACAAAAACACAACCGGAGCCAGAGUCAUUAGACACUGUGCAGUAAAAUGGCACUUUUUAAAGAGAAAACACUUUGUAUUUUGUAUUAAUAUACUUUUUAAACUUCAGUUAUAUUUUAAAUCAUCAGUGCACUUUUUCUACACAAGGAAAUGUGUAUUCAGACAUUUUCAUUCAUUCAUUCAUUUUCCUGACCGCAUCGUCCCUUUCGGGGUCGCGGGGGUGCCGGAGCCUAUCCCGGCUACUGAUGGGCGAAGGCGGGGUGCACCAUGGACAGGUCGCCAGUCUGUCGGAUAUUCAGACAUUUUUUAGGAUGAAAUUGUGUUUUUGUUUGUUUUUGGUGAAUAUUAAGAUAAUUACACAAUAGUUGGUGUCAUUUUGCAGAUUCUUCGGCAAAUACAUGUAGAGUACCUGCAUACAUUAAAGAAAGAAAAUAAUUGUUAGUCAAAUAAUUCUGUUUUAGAAGUUUUUUAUUUUUUCAAGAUCAGUCUUACUUUUUUAAAAACUUCUGACUCGUGUUUUGGUUAAUUCUCCUGGAAAUGAGAUUGAAAUGCCAAACUCUAAAUAAAGAAUCUCCCUCCCUCCGCUGAGGCACAUCUGUCCUAAUCCAUCAAUACCUCUGCCCCAACACAUCCCUUCCCUUUCACUGCCUCUUUUGAAGAGAAUGACCAUCACCUGUUACCACACUGGUCAUGUUACCAUGUGUGAAUGCAGUGUGGCGGUGCACAAAAGAUUCCUGCAGGCCAGAACAAGCACCAGCCAGAGCUGUUGAUUAAAUAAGCACAGAUCGUAGCGAGUCAGAUGUCUCCUGCGUCUCUCAGGGCUCCUCAGCUCAGCACCAUAUGGCACGUGGUGGCAGAGGAGCGAAAAAAAAAGGGAGGAAAAGCUGAUGAGUGAGGAUGAUUAAAGCCAUGUCACGCAGGCGCAAAUUUGAGUACGCCAGAAGGUCGGCGAGUGUCUAAUCUGUUUACAGACAGUCAGGCUUAUUAAACGAGGAGAGUCCAGUCCUGCUCCUGUUGUCCACAGUGCUGACUGUGUCCAGCCUGUGUUUCUGUGUGGGUCACUGAGGGACGGCGUUAGUCUAGCUGCACUGCUCUGAAGUAUCAAACCUGUUCUUUCAAAUGCCCCAUUUGUCAAAGACCCAAUCAUCUUUGGAUUUAUUUUAAAAGCAUUCCCAGUGGUACUUAAUUACAAUUAUGCUGUUUUCAGGUUAAAUUAAAAAAACGUGUCGUUUUCGAGAACAUAGUUUCUGCAGAGCAGCAGUAGAGUAAUUACCCCCUUAUUCACGGGGGUUAGGCACCAGAGGCAUCCGCGAAUAUGCGGAAUCCAUGAAUACAUAGAAUCCCCCUCCCCCGUGGCCAAAGUUAUACUCAUCAAAAACGCCUUGUAAAACAUUUGAAACAGUUAGAACUUUGGAGUAUUACUUAACAUAAAACGUUUUUUUUUUUGUUUUGUUUUUUUUAAUUCAGACUGUAGCGCAGCGUACUUUAUGAUAAUGAUGAGGAGUCUCACUAUGUCUGUCUGUGACGUAAAAAUCAGAAUAAUAAUCAAAUAAUAAACACCUCCUCUGGAUGAUAAUUGUCCUUUGCGACUAUCUUCUUUAGCAUAUAAGGAUUAUUUUUUUUAACCCUUCUGUGUCAGCUGAUACCCUCUCUCCAUGCAGGGGCAUAGAGAGAGGAGGGGGAGUGCCCGUCGGUGCUCCCCCUCCUCUGUGUGGGGAUACACCUCAUCACCCCAGCACCUCCUUUGGAUGCAAAAAUUUAAUAAAAGCGUCUAAGGUCGUUGAAGUUUUUGUGACAAACUGGAAGAGUCAUGUGACUAAAAAAAAAUCUGCGAAUACGUGAAACUGCAAAUAAAGAAAUGCAAAUACAUGGGGGACGCUGUAGACUAUUUUAAAAUUGCCUUUGAGUUGUUGGCAAGAGUGUUGGCAUCCGUUGGCAACCCAUCUCCUCCCCUCCCCCAUUGCUAAAAGCUAUCUGUUUACACAAUCUCUCACUAGUUUACCUCCCUUCACACCCCCAAGCUAAAAUAGUGAGCAAUAUUGGAGCUAUCCAGCCGUACAGUUUUUAUCCAGAUAUACUUGCUUAGACAAGGUAAACAAAGACGUGCAUGGAUCUAUUUGUCUGCACGUGGAUUAACUAGAGUAGAGCAGAGCAGGGAACUCUUGACUCGCUCAUUGUACUAGUGACGUCACAACUACAAUCUUUUUUAAACUUUGUUGUUUUUGUCUGCUCCUGAUUCACUAUUAUUUGAAUAAAGAAAUACUCCAAAAAUGUAAUUUUGAGCUCAAUUUUCUUACCCUAUCAUCAGAAAAAUGGCACAAGAACAUGUUAAAGAAACAAAAACAGGAAUUUCAUUAGUCCUUAAUAGCACUUCUGGAAAAAAGUUUUUUAGGAAAACUUUUUAUACGUCCGUCCAUCUCAAACAAAUCAUUUUAGAAAGAGAAAUGUCUGGCUCCUGCUUAGGACUCAGAACUUUUUGUUUCGCCUGUACCUUGUUAGCAUGAUGGCAGACAUCAGGACAGUUUUCUACCUCAGAAAAAAAAAAAAAAUCCUGCUUCAGCAUAAAAACAGGCUCCAGAGCUUGAAGUAAAAAUGACACUUUCAUUUGGUGAAAUCUUGGUUUGUUUCGUGUGAAUAGACAAAAGUCUGUGCAUAUUGCUUAAUGUUGGAAUGGAUACUAAAACUCUGAACACCUGACUAAGCAGCAUGACUUUAGCUUUGAUUUGGUAGAAAAAAAAAGCUGUCAUUUUCAGAGCAGCCUUGCAGAGACGUGUGACAGCAGCUGAAAAGAGCAAGCACAAAAGCUGCACCGCGGCAAGAAUGUGUUUACACAUCCGCUUCAUUGAGUUUUUUGUUUUGUAUUCAGUCGUUCUUUUGAUUUCUUCACUUCUGUGAUCCCGGUUGUUAAAAUGAGAUUAUAAGCAGGGUUCAAUGGAGAAGCUCAUGCAUUUUAUGUGGAACUGAAGCCAGCUUUAGAGAUUUCCCCACCAGAGUUUAAAUCGACUCCACAAGCGUCUGCAGUUUCUCUCUUUUAGACACAAAAAGGUGUUUUUAAAAAAGCGUCCUUUUAUAAACGGAAGUGAAUGGUGAUAGUUCUUGUUUGGCCCAUUGACUGUAUAAUAGAACUGGAGUAAGUGACUCCUCCCCUUCAUGUUCAAAACAGGAAGUACUUGCUGGCUCCAAGAAGUCAAAACCCCAUAGACUACUUUAGAGAAAUAAACCACUAUCAUUCUGUCAUUCUAUUUGUCAGAUCUCUGAUACCUUUUUUAAACAUGUUAUUGAUAAUUUAAUAAUUUCCGUGAUAUUUUUUUAUGUCUCAAUAAAAGUAUGUGGUCUCCUGUUGAACGAUCAAAACGUUUAACAGAUUAUAUCAAGCCCGGUUUCAAGUGUGGGUGUGGCCUUCCAACAAGCUCAGUUUGGUUGCCAUACAAACAAUGACUGAGACCAAUUUGAACUAGUAACUUCUUACUGACGAUCUCUGGCUUCAACACGUCGGUGGCCAUAUCUAAAAAAUGUCAACUAAAUUGACUUAAUUUUGUUGGAAAUGAAAGUAAAGAUUUUUCUAUGAAUGACGUUAAGAAAUACCACAAUAAUCGCCCACAAUUCUGACUACUGGAGUGUAGUCAGACUACUACAGUGUCCAAUAUGUGUAAGAAUUUCUUGUUCUUUUUUUCUUACAUUACACUAUGUCAGGGGUCUGCAACCUUAAAUGCUGAAAGAGCCAAUUGGUCCAGGUUCUUAUGGACCGAAACUCACAAAGAGCCGCAAAGUUUCACCUCAAAGUUAGAAAAAUACACUUUAUUUAUGUUUUUGGGGCCAUUAAGCCAUUUUUAUAAAACACAACUUUGAAAUUAUUUCUACAAUUUUUUAUGCAUAACAAGUUUAACUUGUUUCACUUUUGACAGCAGCAAUGCAAGGUCCUUUCAAAAUAAAACACAUCCUGUGUUUAAUCAGAUCCUCCAGCUGCAGCAGAUUUACUUUAAUUAAAAUGCAAGAAACAGGAGAUUUUUUAUUAUUGACUUUUGUCUUUUUGGUCAUCAUUUUUCUUCUUUUACUAGUAAAUAAAAACAUGACAACAUUAGAGUAGAAUCCAAAUUAUUUCAAAUCUAUACCUGUAAAUGCAAUAAGAUAAUGUCACUCUGACGGUAGAUUUAACCUUUUACCAUUAUUUUAAUUGGUUAGGCCUAUCUAACAUUUCAACAAUGGAGGAAUAAAAGAGGCUCUGGAGCCUCAGGUUUCAGACUCCUGGACUUGGCUUAGUAAAAGCUAAAAGUUUCUCUUCUUUGUUAAUUUGCAAUUUUUUUUUAAUUAUUUUUUCUUGAUUUUUUUUUUUUUUUAAUGAUACACAAAUCACAUAUUGAACCAAAACCUAAACCGUGACCCAAGAAUCCAACUAUGAUCCCAAUCGUGAAGAAAGUGUAUGGUUGCGUCCCCGGUGACAUCACACUUGCUUGGUCUAGUUCUCACAUACAGUCAAUGGUUUGGCCACAGAAGAGGAGAGCGGCAUGCCGCCAUCCUGACUCAUGAGCACAGCUGUGUCAUGUCUUGUCCUUUCAACACAUCUUUUUGUGGGUCACCUGAUCAUCCCUCCCUCUUCAGAACUCAUAAGUGUCACUGUCAUCUGGGUUCUUGUGUCGCACACAAUGAAACCCUGUGAUGUAUAAAACGCCAUCAUCCAUCAAUCAAAAAGGUACAAAAGAUCAUGGAAACCAGCUUUUCCCAGCUCUGUUCAUCAGUUUGAUAUAAAAAAAAAAAGACACGUGAUACCUUAUACAGUUUUUUAAAUCUCAUUUUGCUCAUUGAUACCUUGUCGAUUUCCAGUGGAUUCUUUUCUUUUGGUUCUGUUUUGCUGUAAAUAUGGGAUAAUUGGAAGGGUUGUGUAAAGAGGUCAUGAUUAUGUGAAUCACUCACUCCCACAGCUUCUUAGAAUCUGGGUGUUAUAAGCUGAAUAUAAGAGAGAAACAACAUUUCUGUUGUUUUUACUAGUUCUUUAUUUUUCUAUUCUUGCCUUAACCCUUUCAGUAUCUCUCAUAGUUUGUCUCGUCAUUGUUUUGAGUCAGAACUUGUCUCUGAGUGUGUGUAAAUACAAACCUCUUACGGAUUUCCCUCACCGAAUCGCAAAGGAAACAGAGACUUAUGCUGAUGCGCAAGGAGCGACGUUUGGAUAAACUGUUCCCAGCAUCCUCUGCCUCUUCUAGUGUCUGAACUGAAAAAUGGGAAAAUCCACACAAAAAUGGAAAUAUGUACACAUGUAAAGAAAAAAAAACUGUUGUAGAAAAAGAUUUUUUUUUCUUGAUUCAGAUCUUUCUAUUUGAGAAAAGCAAGGUGUUGUGUUCUUUUUGGACUAAAAAGUUGCAGAUCUUUUAGCUUGUUAAUGUUUUUAAUAGUGAACCAUGAUGGAGGAAUCACUGAUGUGUUCAUUGUCUCUUCUUCAGUGUGGUUAACAUGUACUAAAAGGGUUAAGUGUCAUUUAAAGACUGUACUGUGAUAAGAGUUUGUUGUAAAGAAAAAAAAACAAUCUUCGGUUAAUAAACAUUUCAUUUGUUUACUUUA